CCCUCGUUCACUAUCAGGCUGGGCGCGCCCCCGUAUCACAUGAACGCCGGACAGCGCUUCUUGGUCACCUGACAGGCCCCGUGACACAAACAGACAGAAGCAUUGCCGGGUAGUGAUGACCCCGGACUGGAUGUGACAGCUCUACAUACACGGACUGUACGGACAUUGCUCGGAGGAUGUUGGAGUCGGUGGUGGCCGAUCUGCUGAACAGAUUCCUUGGCGAUUAUGUGGAGAACCUGGACAGGUCCCAGCUGAAGUUGGGCAUCUGGGGGGGAAAUGUGUCCCUCGAGAACCUGAGGAUUCGAGAAAAUGCACUGAGUGAACUUGAUGUGCCCUUUAAAGUAAAAGCUGGUUUAAUUGAGAAACUCACUCUUAAAAUCCCAUGGAAGAAUUUAUAUGGUGAUGCAGUGGUCGCGAAGCUUGAAGGUUUAUAUCUCUUGGUGGUACCUGGAGCUAGCAUGAAAUAUGAUGCAGAGAAGGAAGAGAGAAAUCUACAAGAGGCAAAACAACGUGAGCUACAAAGGAUUGAAGAAGCUCUGCAGAAAGCUGCUGAAAAAGACAAACCAAAGGAGGAGAAAAAAGACACAUUUCUAGAAAAACUGGCAGCACAGGUUAUCAAGAAUCUGCAAGUCAAAAUUACCAACAUUCAUAUCCGAUAUGAAGAUGAUAUUAGUGAUGCCAAUCUUCCAGUGUCUGUAGGAAUAACACUGGCUGAGCUGAGCCUUCAGACCUCAAAUGAGUCGUGGACACCAUGUAUACUAAAUGAAGCGACUAAAACAAUAUAUAAGUUGGUCUGUCUGGAUAGCUUCAGCACCUACUGGAAUGUGAACAGCAAAAUGUUUUACCACCUUUCUGUGGCGACUAUUCUGGCUGAAUUGAAAUCUGGUGUCAAACCCACAGACUGUCAUAAGUACAUCUUUAAGCCAGUUUCUGCAUCGGCAAAGCUUUACAUCAAUCCUAAUGCAGAGAUGGAACUGCAGACACCAAAGUUAGACUGGAACAUGGAAAUUCAACAUGUUGCAAUAGAACUUACUAAACCACAGUACCUCAGUAUGAUUGACUUGUUGGAGUCUGUGGAUUACAUGGUGAGGAAUGUUCCAUACCGGAAGUACAGACCAGGGGUAACGCUAAUGGAAGACUGCAGAAAAUGGUGGAACUAUGCCAUCACCAGUAUUCUGGAAGUUAAUAUUAGACGAAAGACACAUAUGUGGACCUGGGACAAUAUAGCACAACACAGGGAAAACCUUAAAGCCUAUAAAAUGGUUUACAAGCUCAAGCUGACCCAGACCAAGGUUCCAGAGGAAACGCUAAAGCAACUGCAGGUUUUGGAAAACAAUCUUGAUGUGUUUAAUAUAAUCCUAGGCAGGCAGCAAGCUCAAGCAGAGGUAGUAAGGUCAGGACAAAAGGUUCUAGCAAAGAAGGCUGCCCAAGGUGGAGAGAAAAAAAGUGGAGGCUGGUUUGGAGGAUUCUGGGGGAAAAAGGACACAUCCUCUAAGAAAGAAGACUCUGAUGAACUUUCUGUUCCAGAAAAAAUUGAUGACCUCAUGACUCCAGAGGAAAAAAGGAAGCUAUUUACCGCUAUUGGGUACAGUGAAAGCUCCUACAAUCUCACUUUGCCUAAAAAUUACGUGGCUCACAUACUGGGUUUCAAGCUUCUCAGCACAUCUAUAACUAUCCGAGAGGAUGCCAAGGCUCCAGAGACCCUGAAAAUUCAGAUAAUUGAUCUCAGCACAAAAAUCUCCCAGAGACCAGGCGCACAGGCUCUGAAGGUUGAGGCAAAGUUGGACCACUGGUAUGUGACUGGCCUUAAGCAACAAAAUGUUGUUCCUUCACUUGUAAGCAGUAUUGGUUCCAAGGAGUCAUCUCUUCUUAAAAUUCAGUAUGAAACUAACCCUGAAAAUAGCACUGCUGAUCAAGUUCUGAUACUUCAAUCCCAGCCUGUGGAGAUUAUUUAUGAUGCCGUUACCAUAAAUGCACUUGUAGACUUUUUCCAGACUCACAGAGGAAUGGAUUUAGAACAACUCACAUCUGCAACAUUGUUGAAACUGGAGGAGAUCAAAGAAAAAACGGCUGCAGGACUCACCCAUAUGAUUGAAACCCGAAAAGUUCUUGACUUGCAGAUCAAUCUUCAGCCAUCCUUUUUGCUGCUUCCAAAGUUUGGCUUCUAUUCUGACAAGACCGAUGUCGUUAUUGUGGAUUUUGGUAGCUUUCAGCUAAACAGCAUUAACCAAGGAUCACACCUAUCUGCAAAUUCUUCAUCUCUAGAGGAGCUGAUGGAUAAGGCCUAUGAUCAGUUUCAUAUUCAGAUCAAAAAAGUGCAAAUGCUGUUUGGAACCUCAGGUGAGGACUGGAAGAAGGCCCGGGCUAUGAAUUCCUCAUCUCUCCACCUUCUGCAGCCCCUGGACAUUGAUUUGCAGCUUGGAAAAGCCAUGGUAGAGCGAGACAGCAGAAUGCCAAGGUUUAAAGUGGCUGGAGAGUUACCGUUGUUGCGCCUCAAGACCUCUGACCGCAAACUCCAAGGAGUGUUUGAACUUGUUAACAGCAUCCCGCUGCCUCAGCAGCAUGCUGUCACUCCAACUACAAAAGAGAAGAGAAAAAUCCAGAUGGCUGCUGUUCCAAUUUCAUCCAGAAGACAAGAAAAACUCUUAAAACAAGAAAUUGCAAAGUCUCUUUUUAUAGAGGCGGACUCAUCAGACUCGGAUGAAGAGUUCUUUGACACUAAAGAUGUUGAUCCUUCCUUUGUGAAACCUAACCCUGUCCAAAAAAAGCCCUCGCCUAAGGAUGAUUCCAAAGCUGCAGCAGACACUACUCCUGAGGAGCUAACAGAUCUGCACUUGAAAUUUGAAGUUAAAGAAGUUAUUUUGGAAUUGACAAAACAACAACAGAAAGAGGAGACCACCGUUUUGGUGUUCAGUAUACAUCAAUUGGGUACUGAUGCUUGUGUUAAGACCUACAAUCUUCAAGCUGUGGCCUAUCUAAAAACAAUUAGUCUGGACUACUAUGAUGUGCUAGGUCGCUGCACACAGCCUCUUCAUCUAAUAAACUCUUCAGAUAAAGAAGGGCUAGAUCUCUUAAAAGUGGAAUAUAUUAAGGCUGACAAAAAUGGUCCAAAUUUUCAAACUACGUUUGAGAACACCGAACAGACCCUAAAGGUGGCCUUUUCAUCUAUGGAGCUCCUGCUGCACUCUCAGGCACUGCUGUCUGCUAUCAGCUUCAUAACAGAAGCCAUGCCAAGCAUCCCUGAUAAAGCAGAGCCAGCCUCUGCACAGAAGCAAAAGGACAAAGAGACUUUUGUCAAAAAAGCAACAAAGCCCUCCAAAGAUAAGGACUUGAUAGCCUUCAAGUUGUUUGCAAAGUUGAAUUCCUUUAGCAUGAAUGUGUGGGAUGAGGACAGCCAUAUUGCUGAAAUCAAGAUACUGGGUCUUGACUCCUCCAUUUUCUUGGAAUCUAGCAAGAUAGACAUUUUUGCAAGGCUGAAAGAUAUUCUUGUCAAUGAUGUCAACCCACAAACCAUCCAUAAGAAGGCUGUUUGUAUUAUGGAAGAAGAGGUUUUCAACUUCAAUUUGACACUCUAUCCUGAGGCCACACAAGGAGAAGCCUAUAAGGAUGUGUCUAAAGUGGAUGGGAAGGCUUCCCUGCGAGUUGGCUGUAUGAAGAUUGUCUUUCUCAACAAGUUCCUCGUAUCGCUUUUGGAAUUUCUAAAUAACUUUCAAGCUGCAAAAGAGAGGUUGAGUCGAGCCACAGCACAAGCAGCACACCUGGCAGCCACAAGUGUGAAGGACCUGGCAGAGAGGAGUUUUCGGUUGCAUAUGGAUAUUUAUCUUAAUGCUCCAGUGAUAGUUAUCCCUCAGUCUUCUGUGUCCAAUAAUGCCUUAGUGGCAGAUCUGGGGUUAAUCAAAAUACAGAAUCAAUUUAAACUGAUAUCUUCAGAUCAAGAGCUUGCACCAGUUGUAGAUUGCAUGACCAUCAGCUUGACUGAGUUCAAGUUAUCCAGAACCGUGUUGAGCAGCACUCCAUCUCAGUCUGAUAUACAGAUGCUCUAUCCUAUCAAUCUGAGUUUAGCAGUUAAUCGAAAUCUUGCAGCAUCAUGGUACCAUCAGAUUCCUGUCUUAGAAGUCAAAGGUCACCUUAAUUCCUUGGAUGUUUGUUUGAGCCAGGAAGAUUUGAAUGUUCUGUUUAGUGUGCUGGUGGAAAACCUCGGUGAAGGUGGAGAAAGUACCGCAGACCUAGAACAAGCUCCUGUCCUAAGUGAGACUGUGAAAUCUACACGGCAGGAUUUGCAAGCUUCUGUGACUAGUUUGAACCAUUCUAACGAGCCGUCAUUGGAGCUUGGGGUAGUGAAAUCAUCAGCUGCACUUAAUCUUCUGCUUAAUUUUGAAAUUAAAAAGGUUAUUGUACAGUUGAUGAGGCAAGCAAGAGGUUCCCCUCUGCAUGUUGUCCAGAUUUCACAGCUUGGAGCAGAGACAAGAGUAGGGAUUCAUGAAAUGAUAGCAACAGUAUAUCUUCGAAAGAUCAGUAUGACUUGCAAUGACUUCAAGGGUCUGGAUGGAGGGCCACUUCUUCUUGUUAACUCAUCGGAUGACACAAAAGAACACCUUUUAAAAUUGGAAUAUGUGAAGGCUGAUCGUAAUGGGCCAGGUUUUAAAACCAUUCACAACAAUACUGUUCAACGCUUGAGUGCUUCCAUGACUUCACUUGACUUAACUCUUCACACUCAAGCCUUGCUUUCCCUAUUGAAUUUCUUGUCUGCUGCCAUCCCAUCCGGUGAGGCCAGUGUGGCUGAGAGAACCAAGGAAUUGAAGUCAAGUUUGGGAAGACGGAAGAGUAUCAGCACCAAGCCUGAUAUUGCUGUUCCUGGCUCAACAGAGGAAGAUAUUUUUGACAUGAAGCUUUCAGCCACAUUAAAUGCCUUUAAUGUUUUUAUUUGUGAUGAAACCUGUAACAUUGCUGAUAUUCGGAUCCAAGGUAUGGAUGCAUCUUAUGCUGUGCAGGCCAGUAAGAAGGAUCUCUAUGCCCAUCUUCGAGAUAUUGUAGUCAUCAAUGUUGAUCCAAAAACAAUCCACCGUAAGGCUGUGUACAUAUUGGGAGAAGAAGUUUUUAGCUUGCAAAUGACGUUGUUCCCAGAUGCUACAGAAGGAGCUGCUUACACAGAUAUGUCUGCAGUAGAUGGCAAGGUCUUACUGAGGGUGGGCUGUAUACACAUUGUGUGUUUAUAUAAGUUCCUCAUGUCCCUCUUGAAUUUCUUUAACACAUUCCAAACAGCUAAAGAGGCUGUUAGCACAGCAACAGCUCAAGCUGCGGAAAUUGCUGCAUCAAGCAUGAAGGAUUUGGCACAGAAAAGCUUCCGCCUUGCUAUGGACAUAGAUCUGAAAGCCCCAGUUAUCCAUAUACCACAAUCUUCAGUCUCCAACAAUGUUGUUAUCGCAGAUUUAGGCUUCAUUAAAGUCCAAAACAAGUUCACCCUCGUUCAGGAUGUCAGUUGUCCUCUUCCGCCGGUCAUUGAUAAGAUGGAUGUCCAGCUGACAGAGCUAAAAUUAUUAAGGACAGCACUUCAGAAUGGGUCCCCGCAGCCAGAACUAGAGAUACUGCAACCUAUAAAUCUAACUGUAUCUGUACAGAGGAAUAUUUCUUCUUCUUGGUAUUCCCAGAUUCCAGCCAUUCAGAUUGAUGGAGAUUUAAAACCAAUGCAGGUUGCUUUGAGCCAAGAUGAUCUUACUGUUCUUAUGAAUGUCCUAUUUGAAAACCUAUCAGAAACACCAUUACUUCAAAGUACGGCUCAAAAAUCUGGAGAGGGUACAAGGGAAAUAAAGGAAUCAAGUACAUCCAGUAAACACAGAGAUGAUGCAGGCGGUACAUUUUCUGUGUCACCCCAAAGUUCCAGUGAUGAGACUCCGGCUAUAAUGCUAAAGUUUAGUUUUAAUUUUGAAUCCCUUUCUGUCAUGCUGUACAACAAUGACACUAGUAAGGGGGCUUCCGAAUGGCUGCAUCAAGAAAAUCUACGUCUGGGAGAACUGAGACUGCAAUGUAUGUCCUCCUCAGGAAUAAUGUGUGUUGAUAGUUCAUUGGACUUUUCCAUUUGUCUCAAAACUUGCACUCUUGAUGACCUCAGGGUAGAUGUUACCAAAGCCACAUCCAGAAUGAUUGACCAAAAAGAUUCCUGCAGCUCACGCAAUAUGAUUGAUAUAGUCUACAAACAAAACCGUCAGGAGCGCUCAAUCUCUGCCAUCAUGGAGAAGCUGUAUGUUUGUGCCAGUGUGGAAUUCUUGAUGACUGUUGGUGAUUUCUUCAUUAAGGCUAUGCCUCAGACUCCAAACACAGAUAAACAUUUUCAAAGCCAACCCAAACAAUCCACUCCCACCAAGACGAAAACAGAGAAAGGAGAACAGGCAGCCUCCCAGACAUUAAAAGUGAAAGCAUUGAUCAUGGAUCCUGAAAUAGUAUUUGUGGCCAGCUUAACAAAAGCAGAUGCCCCUGCCUUAGCUGUAUCCUUCCAGGGCAAUUUCUUACUUUCUGAUGUGAACUCAGAGAAAAAAGUAAUUGGCAUUGUGAAAGAAUUCAAAGUUCUAGCCUGUCCAUUUCUCAGAGAGCUGAGAGGCAAUAACAUCACUACGGUUGUUCAGCCAUGUUCCUUGCAUUUGGAAAGCACAACUGAUGAAUCUGGUAGCCAGGAUGCUAAUCUUACUGUGGAAGAAGUCAUUAUUAAGAUCUCGCCUAUAAUUCUCAAUACUGUGUUGACCAUCAUGGCCGUUUUGAAACCAAAGCCCAAGGAGGAUGAAAGCAAACAAAAUGUGGUUGAACACAAGAACAUUUGGGACACAAGGACAACCACAAGCUGCAAUAACUGGUUUUUGGGGGUUGAAUCAGCUGACGAGGUUACUGAAUGCUUUCAGAACACAGAAUGCUCAAAGAAGCUAGAAACCUUUAGUAUAAAAGUGAAGUCUGUGCAGGUGACACUUGAAUGUGGUCUAGGUCACCGUACUGUGCCCUUGCUCUUGGUUGAAUCUACAUUCACUGGAACUGUAAAAAAUUGGUCAUCGCUUAUGAAUGUGACCGCUGACACCACCUUAGAGGUUCACUACUACAAUGAAAUGUAUGCCGUGUGGGAGCCCUUGAUUGAACGAGUUGACAGUGGGAAUCGGCGCUGGAGUCUGAAAUUUGAGAUGAAGAAUAACCCUGUCCAGGACAAAAGUCUUCUCCCAGGAGAUGAUUUCAUAGUGGUCCCUGAGCCUCAAUCUGCUAUUAACAUUACUUCUAAAGAUACCAUGAACAUCACAGUCUCUAAAUGUACUCUGGGAGUGUUCAGUAACUUGUCAAAGGCUUUCUCUGAAGGAACCGCUUCAACUUUUGACUAUUCUUUAAAGGACAAGGCCCCUUUGAUCAUCAUAAAUGCACUGGGUGUCCCUCUUGUACUACAGCAUGGCCGAAAUUUACGUCAGUUUGGCUCAUCAACACACAAUACUGUUCAUGAUGUGAAUAAAGGGCAGUCGCUGGAGCUUGAAUUUUCUGAAGUAGAGCCUUUGUAUCGUGGUAGAUUGUCGGCCCUACUUCGGCAAGAAAGUAGCCUACUAACGCUUGGCAUAGUGCCUCAAGGAUAUACAGAGGUGACAAACGUCCCCAUCACAAAGCCAGCUCGACGUCUUUAUAAUGUGCGCAGUCCUUCAGAAGAGAAUUCUGUCUCUGUUGUUGUGCAAAUCGAUGCCAGUGAAGGGAACAAAGUACUAUCUAUUCGAUCUCCUCUGCAGAUCAUGAACCAUUUCUCAGUGCCUUUUAAUGUGUAUAAGUUUGUGCCAAAUCCCAAGCUACUGGAGCCAGUUGGUAUAUGUAAACCAGAUGAAGAGUUCCAUGUACCUCUGCAUUCAUACAGGUGUCAGUUAUUCUUGAAGCCAACAGGUGUUCUGGAUGGGCAAUUUAAAGAGUCCACUAGUUACAUAAUGUGGAAGGAAAUGCUUCACAGGAGCAGUGAGGUUCAAUGCACCCUUCAGUGUCCAGCAACCGAGAUAAACUUCCUGCCAUUUAUAGUGAACUGUACUGCUGUUCCUGAUGAAAUCAACUUCAUUACCAGUAAUGGUGAGAAGGAAUGGGAUCCAGCCUACAUUAUUCAUCUCUAUCCAUCACUGACCAUCAAGAAUCUUCUGCCUUAUUCCCUAAGAUAUCUUCUAGAGGGAACUGCAGAUGCCCACAUACUACCAGAAGGAAGCUCCUGUGAUGUCCUCCAUUCACGUAUCAGUGGUGAAAUUAUGGAACUUGCCCUAAUCAAGUACCAGGGCAGGAAUUGGAAUGGACAUUUCAGAGUCCGUGAAAAUCUUCCUGAGUUUUUUACUGUGAGUUUCACUGCAGACACUGCUGAAGUAAUGACUGUUGACCUUUCCGUUCACGUGAAACGUGUGGGGAACCGCAUGGUGCUUUCUGUGUUUAGCCCCUACUGGAUCAUCAAUAAGACAUCUCGUAUCCUGCAAUACAAAGCAGAGGACAUUCAUGUCAAACACCCAUCAGACUACAGAGAUGUCAUUCUUUUCUCAUUCAAGAAGAAGAACAUAUUCAGCAAGAACAAGAUACAGCUGUGUAUUUCCACAAGUUCCUGGUCAUCUGCAUUUUCUCUAGACACAGUUGGAAGUUAUGGAUGUGUUAAAUGCCCUACUGGCAAAAUGGAGUAUUUGGUUGGAGUGAACAUUAAAAUGAGUAGCUUUAACCUAACAAGAAUUGUUACUAUGACACCAUUCUAUACUCUUGUGAACAACUGCACACUGGAGCUCGAGGUGGGGGAAAUUGAAGCUGAUGGUUCUUUGCCAGAAUUCAAGUGGCACUACAUUGGGUCAUCUGAGUGUAUACCAUUCUGGCCAGAAAAUAUCUCUGGAAAGAUGUGUGUCAGAGUCAUUGGCUGUGAGAAGGUAUCCAAGCCUUUCUUUUUUAAUAAGCAGGACAAUGGCACACUGCUCAGCCUGGAGAAGAUGAAUACAGGACUUAUGGUAGAUAUCAGCAUAUCCGAUCACUCAAUAGUGAUUAGAUUCUCUGAUUACUAUGAAGGCUCUGCUCCGGCUCUGAUCAUGAACCAUACGCCUCGGGCUAAGCUGACAUAUGGCCAGAGUGGUACAGAAGAGGAGAAGGAGCUUUGCCCUGGGGAAGCAAGAUUGUUUGCCUGGGAAGAUCCAACAGGAACAAAAAAGCUGACGUGGACAUACAGCCAUACCAAGGGCGAGUUAGACUUAUUAAAGGAUGAAAGUGGUCAGUUUGCUUUUAACCAGGAUACUCAGAUACACUGGGUGUCAUUCCUCGAUGGGCGCCAGAGGAUACUGAUUUUUACAGAAGAUGUGGCUUUGGUGACCAAAGCACGGCAAGCUGAGGAAAUGGAGCAGCCAGAUCAAGAAAUAAAUAUUUCCAUCCACAGUUUGGGCCUUUCCCUUAUCAAUAAUGAGAGCAAGCAAGAAAUUUCAUACAUAGGAAUUACAAGUUCAGGCAUCAUCUGGGAGUACAUGCCAAAACAGAAGUGGAAGCCAUUUAGCCAGAAACAUAUCCUACAAUUUGAACAAGCCUAUGAGAAACAUCUUACAGGAGAGCAAAGCAGAUGGAAUAAAAUUGACAAUUAUAUUGAGGUCAGUUUCAGUGCCAUGGAAAUGCGUGCGCCAUUGAAUUGCAAGAUAAGGAGAAGUUUCCAAUCUGGAAUUCAUGUCGAAUUCAAGCAGUCGCCACACCAAAGAAGUUUACGAGCCCAACUAUACUGGCUGCAGGUGGAUAACCAGCUUCCUGGUUCAAUGUUCCCAGCAGUCUUUCAUCCAGUAGCACCUCCAAAAUCCAUUGCCCAGGAUUCUGAACCUAAGCCUUUCAUUGAUAUAAGCAUUAUUACCAGGUUUAAUGAAUUCAGCAAAGUCAAGCAGUUUAAGUACUUUAUGGUUCUGAUCCAGUGUAUGGCUUUAAAGAUUGACCAGGGAUUCCUUGCUGCAAUCAUGGGGCUGUUCACUCCAGCCACUCUUCCUGAGGUGGAAAAACAACGUACAAAGUUAAUUCAGAAAGAUUUAGAUUCCUUGAACACAGAGCUGAUGGAAUCUUCUCUGACAGAUAUCACCACCCUGAGCUUCUUUGAACACUUCCAUAUUUCUCCAGUGAAGUUACACCUCAGCCUCUCAUUGGGAGCAGGAGGAGAAGAAUCAAACAAAGAGGAACGUGAAAUUGUUGCCAUCAGCUCUGUCAACCUCCUUCUAAAAAGCAUUGGAGCCACUCUCACAGAUGUAGAUGAUCUCAUUUUCAAGUUGGCUUGUUUUGAAGUGAGGUACAAGUUUUACAAGCAGGACCAACUGAGGCAUCUUGUUGUCAGGCAUUACAGCGAGCAGUUCUUGAAGCAGCUGUAUGUCCUUGUCCUGGGCUUGGACGUCUUGGGAAACCCCUUUGGCUUGAUUCGUGGGCUCUCAGAAGGUGUGGAGGCUUUUUUUUAUGAACCUUUUCAGGGAGCCGUGCAGGGCCCAGAGGAAUUUGCAGAAGGCUUGGCCAUAGGUGUGAGGAGUCUUCUUGGGCACACUGUUGGGGGAGCAGCUGGAGUGGUGUCACGAAUUACAGGAUCUGUGGGGAAGGGUUUGGCAGCCAUCACCAUGGAUAAAGAGUAUCAGCAGAAGCGGAGGGAAGAGAUGGGUAGACAACCCAAAGACUUUGGAGAAAGUCUUGCCAAGGGAGGUAAAGGUUUUUUGCGGGGUGUUGUGGGAGGAGUGACUGGCAUAAUUACCAAGCCUGUAGAAGGAGCCAAAAAAGAAGGCGCUGCAGGGUUCUUCAAAGGGAUUGGAAAGGGCCUUGUGGGUGUUGUGGCAAGACCUACAGGUGGAAUUAUUGACAUGGCAAGCAGCACCUUCCAGGGGAUUCAGAGAGUAGCAGAAUCUACGGAAGAUGUAACUCCUCUUCGACCUCCUCGUUUUAUUCAUGAGGAUGGAAUAAUUCGUCCAUACAAUCAACGUGAAGCUCAGGGUCUGAACUUAUUUGAGAACUCAAACAUCAAAAAAUUGGAUGGAGAAAUUUACAGAUUUUCCUGCCCUCUUGACAAUAGAAAAGCGAACGUUGUGGUCACCAACAGGCGAAUCAUGUCUGUGAAGGAACUGGAGAUCUUGGGUCAUAGGAGCAUAGAUUGGGAUUACUCCUUUGAGGAGUUUGUCUGUCCACCCAAAGUGGAGGAGAAUGCACUGACUUUAUCAGUCAAGGACAAUGGUAUAACAGUCUUCCAGAAGAAGGAAAACAGAAGUCGGGAAGUUCAAAAAAGGAUUAUGCUCCAAGAUAGUGCGACUGCCCAGGAAGUCCUCAAAGCUUUAGAUGAAGCACGCUCAUCUCAUCAACAACACACAUUAGUGAGGCAAAAAUCUGAGAAGUUUAUCAAGCAAUUCAGCAACUAACAUAGUGUUAUUGUUAGUAAUUUUGAUAUUAUAAACCUAAAAUUCAGAUUUUUUUUCCAGGACGCAUGUGGUUAUCUAUGCUGUCUUCCUAUUACCCCUUACAUGGUAUAUAUGGACCUCUUCUGCAUUUUUGGAGAGAUUGUCCUCUCUUGACAAUUUGCAUUAUUAUGAGAGGCUGUGUCUAUAUGUAAAUUUGCCUUGUGGAUUGUUUCAUUUAGCAAUUACUUUGUACUGUGAUUUGAAAGUCAAAGUUGGCUCAUACAUAUAUUUUGAUAUUCAGAUUGGUUCCGUUUUUUUCCUUUUGUUUUAUUGAAGAAAGCACUGCCAUAAUAAAAAAAAUUGCAUUUGAUAAAAAAA